AUUUAAAAUAUUUCAACACGAAAUAAGUAGGUCAAUAGGUCAGCUGAUAGUCAUGUGACAUAAUCAAACUUGCUCCACACUGCCAGAAUUGCCGUGAUGUUGAAACCGUCGACAUCAAUUUUUCUGGUGAUACUGUUAAGUUGGUCAAAUAAACCAGCUGCAGGACUUAGUUUGAAAAAUGACAAUGGCAUUUCUAAACAAAUAAAUAUACGCAGGUGGAGGCACUUGGAUCCAGAAAUCGAUAUGAAUGCGUCAGAACUUAUAACAUCCAAGGGAUAUCCCUGUGAAGAAUACACUGUAAAAACGGGAGAUGGCUAUCUGUUAGGAAUACAGCGCAUUCCAUUUGGGUCGAAAAAUUCCUCUACCCCACGUCCUGUUGCAUUCCUGCAGCACGGUUUAUUAUGCACAUCCACCAACUGGUUGACUAACUUGCCCAAUGAAAGCCUAGCCUUUAUUUUAGCAGAUGCAGGAUAUGAUGUAUGGUUGGGUAAUGUAAGAGGUAACACAUAUUCAAGGAGACAUGUUAACUACAGCGUUAAUUCGGAGGAGUUUUGGGCUUUUAGCUGGGAUCACCAUGCUAGUUCAGACCUCCCAGCUAUGGUAAACUUUGUCCUGAACAAAACUGGCCAGAGUCAGCUGCACUACAUUGGUCACUCACAGGGAACGUUGAUGGCUUUUGCCCACAUGUCCACUAACCCAGAGUUUGCCAAAAAGUUGAAAGGAUUCUAUGCACUUGGUCCAGUGGCUACUGUUGGCCAUAUGAAAAGUAUACCUCUCAAGAUCUUAUCAGAUAUACCAACAGCAAUUCUCUAUGAUAUGUUUGGAAAAAAGGACUUUUUGCCAAAUAAUGAGUUGAUAGAUUUCUUGGCAAAGACUGUGUGUGAUGAGGCAACUAGGUUUAUCUGCAGUGACAUCAUCUUUGUGAUAGCCGGCUAUGACAAAGCACAGUUAAAUAUGACUCGUCUUCCAGUGUAUAUAGCACAUACUCCAGCAGGGACCUCUGCACAAAACAUGAUUCAUUUUCAGCAGAUGGUAAUACACGGUGAAUUUCGGAUGUUUGACUAUGGAUCACCGAAAGCAAAUAGGGAGCAUUAUAAUGGACAGUCCACUCCUCCAUAUUAUGAUGCAAGGAAAGUUCAAGCUCCCACAUACUUGUAUUAUGGAGGAAAGGAUCUGCUGGCAGAUCCGCAGGAUGUCAAAUCAUUGAUGGCACUCCUACCUAAUCUCAAAGGCAGUCAGCUUAUCCCUUCAUUUGACCAUUUGGAUUUCAUUUGGGGAAUGGAUGCUUAUGACUUUGUCUACAAAAAUGUGAUUGAAGCUAUGAAAUCUUUAGAUUGAUUAUUAAUAAUUGAUUUAAAGUAAAUGCUCAAAGCCUAAAAUAUGUAAUGAGAUUAAAAACUACUGGUAUAUUUCUAUGCAAAUUGUAAUAAUUAACAUAAUAAUAUAAUUAUUAACAAUUUAAUAAGAACUCUAGUCAUAUUUUGUCAAAUUUUGAACCAGAUUAUGUCUUCCAGAACUGGAGAUUAAAUAUUCUUUGUUUAAGUUUAGUACAUCAACCAUAAAGAUUUGAUAAUUAUGAUCAUACUGCAUUUAAGCACUGUUUUUUAUUAAUCAGAAAAUUUAUCUGAAAAAAUUUUAUCUAAGUUUGAUAUUCUUGCAGCAUUAAUUUUUGACAAUUUUGCACAAUUUAGACUGUGCUUUGUGGAUAUUGCUAGUAGUACUUCUUCAUUUUAAACAGCCAAUGUAAAAAUAAGUGGGUCGCCCUGGAGGCCAUCAUUCUUUUUAACAUUACUUGGAAAUGCUCAUACACAUAAGUCAUUUAGGUUGCAGCUGAGAGUACUGAUACUAGUAGGCAUCCAUGUGUGAGUUUUUGUUUGUUUUCCUUGUAUUCUUUUGAGUUUUUUCUUAAUCAGGGAUAAUAUUGCAAUAUUGAAUUGGCUUUAUGUAAAAGUAGGAGUAAAGCCCAUUCCAGGAAAAUAGAUUACUCAUACAUAAUUGUCUGUAUUGUGUAGUUAUCCUGGAAGGAAAUCAGAAAUUUGAUAAACAUUGAGAUUUAUAUGAUGAAUUUAAUAAUUGUUUUGUUGUGAGAAAAAUUUUUAAGUAUUUUAUUUCAUUAAAUUCUAAGUUGGACAAACAGGUGAUUGCUUGUUUUUGAUAUAUUUUUAUGCCACUAUUAUA